CAGUCAUAGACAGUAGCUGUACCCGCUUACGCCUAAUUCAUCACAGUCCACAAGAAGACAGCUCUUUUGCGAGAUUCUUUGUCUUCCGUACAUGUGACUGUUAACACAAUGAGGCUGAGAAUGCGCAAGGCUUCUCAGCGGCCCGACCCUGCUCAUAGUCCCCGCCCGUCCCGGACCAAGAGAAAGCACUCCGAGGUGGAGGAGUGCGCAGGUGGAGGGAAAGGCCUGUUGUGCACCAUCACAAAAUUCAUCCAAGACAAUGCAGUCAAGGUGGAGCAGGAGAAUCCUGCCAAACGGAGUCGCCUUAGCUGUGAUCUGAUCAGCUCCACACCACAGAGCGGGAACCAGCCCAGGAAGGGUGUCUCCAGAGUCCGAAGGAGAGGCUCCAUCAAUGGUGAAUCCACUAACCAUGACACGAGUAGGCUUGCACAGACUAAUGGGAAAGUGGAGGAGUCUGUGGAAGCCAAGAGCAGCCCGCCACGCAACACUCUUCUGGGAACCAUCUUCUCCCCUGUCUUCAAUUUUUUCUCACCAGCCAAUAAAAACGCCAACGCUGGCUCAGAGUCCCCUGGCCAGGCCCUGGAGGCAGAGGAGAUUGUGAAGCAGCUGGACAUGGAGAAGAUGGAAGAGACCCCCACCAGCACUGCCACAUCCACAGAGGACACAUGUGUGUCGCUGUACCCCAGUGCCAUGCCCCUGCCCCUCAAGCCCAUGCACCCCGCAGACGCACCUGCCGAGGAGAUUACUGCCGACUCAGACCUGCCGCCUCUCACAGCACCUGGCUCUCUUCCAGUAGGUGGGUAUGUGGAGGCCCCUACCAGUGUCCCUGCUGAGGGUUCAUAUGAGGAGGACUGGGAAGUGUUUGACCCGUAUUUCUUCAUCAAACAUGUACCUCCACUGACAGAAGAGCAACUAACCCGCAAACCGGCACUCCCACUAAAGACUCGCAGCACUCCAGAGUUCUCUUUGGUCCUGGACCUGGACGAAACGCUGGUACACUGUAGCUUAAAUGAACUGGAGGAUGCAGCUCUGACUUUUCCUGUCCUCUUUCAAGAUGUCAUAUACCAGGUUUAUGUUCGAUUGAGGCCAUUUUUCAGGGAGUUUCUAGAACGUAUGUCUCAGAUUUAUGAGAUCAUUCUCUUCACUGCCUCCAAGAAAGUUUAUGCAGACAAGCUGCUGAACAUUCUUGAUCCGAAGAAACAGUUGGUCAGGCACAGGUUGUUUCGCGAGCAUUGUGUCUGUGUACAAGGCAACUACAUCAAAGAUUUAAAUAUACUUGGAAGAGAUCUGUCAAAAACCAUAAUUAUUGACAACUCACCGCAAGCCUUUGCCUAUCAGCUCUCCAAUGGAAUUCCAAUUGAAAGCUGGUUUAUGGACAAGAAUGACAAUGAGCUUCUAAAGCUAGUCCCUUUCCUGGAGAAGCUUGUCGAAUUGAAUGAGGAUGUCCGGCCCCACGUCCGCGAGCGCUUUCGUCUGCAUGACCUACUUCCUCCAGACUGAGCUCCGAGAAUGGCGGACACAAAUGGACAGAAGUUCUAAACAGAAAACAUA